AUGUCGGAUGAGAACGAUACAAAAAUGAGUGGCUUAGUACAACGACAAUGGUCUCCAACAAAAAGACGAGGACCAAUCAGUGCCGAAUUUCGAAGUCCCGGACCGGCAUGUGUUUCUCUUCCCACACUCAUAGGUAAAACUGUCCCCGAUUCGAAACGAGGUCGAGCUCCAGCGUUUUCAUUUGGUAGCCGACAUUCACUAAAAAAUGAAAGCCCAGGCCCCGGACCAGGACAAUAUAAUGUAUCUGGCUUAAGCGCAAAAGGAAAAAAUACUGCUCCAGCAUUGUCGCUACAUGGCCGUAAUAAAGUAGACAAAAUAGAAUCCACCCCAGCUCCAGGAGACUACGACCCACAAAAAGCAGAAAGUAUAAUCCAAGAUAGUUCACCAAAAUAUUCUUUUGGAGUAAAAGUACAAGUUGAUAAAGUUAACUCCACGCCUGCACCUGGAACAUACUACCCCGAAAAAGUAAAUUUCGAUAAAGCACCUGAAUAUAGUUUCGGCUCAAAAACAUCCAUUGAAAGUCGAAAUGAUACACCAGCACCUGGGACGUAUUACCCUGAAAACGUGAAUUUAAAUAAAACAUCAGAAUUUAGCUUUGGUACUAAAACAACUGUUAGAAAUCGAAAUGAUACACCGGCGCCUGGAACGUACUAUCCUGAGAAUGUUAAUUUAGAUAAAACACCAGCGUAUACUUUUGGGUCAAAAACACCCAUUGAAAAUCAUAAUGAUACACCAGCUCCAGGAUUUUACUCUCCAGAAAAAGUAAAUUUAGAUAAAUCAUCAGAAUUCAGCUUUGGGUUAAAAACACCUAUUGUAAAUCGAAAUGAUACACCAGCACCUGGGACGUACUACCCUGAAAAAGUAAAUUUAGACAAAACACCAGCGUAUACUUUUGGGUCAAAAAGACCCAUUGAAAAUCAUAACGACACACCAGCGCCUGGAACGUAUUACCCAGAAAAUGUUCAUUUAGAUAAAUCAUCAGAAUUUAGUUUUGGUUUAAGAACAACUAUUAAAAAUCAAAAUGAUACACCGGCACCUGGGACGUACUUUCCUGAGAAAGUAAUUCUAGACAGCACACCGGCAUAUUCAUUCGGCGCAAAAACUUCUAUCGAAAAGCGUAACGAUACUCCGGCACCUGGAGCGUACUUUCCUGAGAAAGUAAAUCUAGAUAAAACGCCAGCGUAUACAUUUGGCGCUAAAACAUUUAUUGAAAAUCGUAACGAUACACCAGCACCUGGGACAUAUUACCCGGAAAAUGUUCAUUUAGAUAAAUCAUCAGAAUUUAGUUUUGCACCUGGUGCGUACUUUCCUGAGAAAGUAAAUCUAGAUAAAACGCCAGCGUAUACAUUUGGCGCUAAAACAUUUAUUGAAAAUCGUAACGAUACACCAGCACCUGGGACAUAUUACCCGGAAAAUGUUCAUUUAGAUAAAUCAUCAGAAUUUAGUUUUGGUUUAAGAACAACUAUUAAAAAUCAGAAUGAUACACCGGCACCUGGUGCGUACUUUCCUGAGAAAGUAAAUCUAGAUAAAACACCAGCGUAUACAUUUGGUGCUAAAACAUUUAUUGAAAAUCAUAACGAUACACCAGCACCUGGAACAUAUUACCCAGAAAAAGUAAAUUUAGAUAAAACAUCUGAAUUUAGUUUUGGCUUAAGAACAACUGUUAAGAAUCAUAACGACACACCGGCACCUGGAACAUACUCUCCUGAGAAAAUGAAUUUAGAUAAAACACCAGCGUAUACUUUUGGGUCAAAAACACCCAUUGAAAAUCAUAAUGAUACACCAGCUCCUGGAUUUUACUCCCCGGAAAACGUGAAUUUGGAAAAGUCACUAAAAUUUAGCUUCGGCUUAAAAUUAUCACCCGAAAAUCGAAAUAAUUUUCCAGCUCCGAAUGUUUACACCAUACCUUCAGCAUUCGGCGCUACUAAAGAAGGCAACAAAAAAACUGCACCAGCAUACUCAAUUGCUAGCCGGCAAAAGACAUUCACUGAUGACCGUAUUUUAGUCCCUGGGCCUGGGACUUAUGAAUCUAUUGAUACUGAUAUUGUCAGAAAUAAAAGUGCAGCUUAUAGUAUAAGCAGCCGAUAUUCGUUACCUACCGAUCAGAUGAAAGUUCCAGCUCCUGGAGUUUAUUGUCCGGAAAAAGUUCUGUUGAAUUUACCACCGGCUCAUACUUUCGGUAUAAAACAUUCUCCGUAUAUUUGUAAUCUCAAAGAUGCAGUUUAUUGA